UGAAAAACAACGAAAACAACGAAAAACAACAAACGAGACAACAAACAAAAAUGAAUGUAAAAUUGUACUUUUAUUUAUUUUUAUCUUAAUUUUUAUGAUUUUUUACAUUAUAUAUUUAAACCACGGAGAAUCACGAAAGUUGGGCGAUCUAGGUUGACAUUAACCUUAUUUUUUCGAGUCUUUCAAGUUUCUUCUACAUUUUACGACAAUUAAGAUUUAACUAUAAUUAAUGUAGAUAAAUAUAACCAUUCAAGUGCAUCAUCCGCCAGUAACUGCAGCUACACUUAUACAAACUUUCAAAAUUUUAUAUUGUAACAUUUACGGCAAAGACGUUUUAAAAGGAAGUGAAUAUGAAAUUUGAAUCAUGAAAAUGGAUUUAUUCUUUUUAUCUGUCCUGGUCACCGUAUUUCAAGCUUCAUGGUCCUACUAUGUUUCAAAUUCAUCACUGACAUGGUCAAGGAAAAGAGAUGAAUGCAAUACUCGUGUAGCAACACCUACCAUACAAUAUGGACACAAAAACCUUAUCGUUGAUUUGAAUGGACAAGCUACAGAACAAGAAGUAUGGGUCGGUUACUAUCAACAAACUACAUUGUUUGAAUACAUAGUGUUAUUGCAUGCAAGUUAAACCUGAGAAAGACAUAAGAGAGCUUGGCUGCAAUUCUGGGUGUACUGACACACACAAUGCUGCUUGUGGCGGACACAAAGUCACGUCAGUGUACAGAAUGCUAUCUCACAACGACUCUAGACACAUUCCUGAAAAACAAGAAUACAACAAAAGCUGUCUGAGAUUAGUUAUUGACAAAGCAGGAAGUAAAACAUAUCAAUGGAGACUUUGUUCCGACAAAGUUUGGGUAUUUUGUAGGUCUGAUUCAGACCAAUCAAUCAGAUUAUUUGAGAAUAGGAAAAGUUGGAGGGACGCAGCAACCAUUUGUUUUCAAAUACAUGGUAAUCCAAUUGGAUAUGAAGACGUGCGGAACGUGACUUUCGUGGCCAAAUACGGCUGGACAGGGAUCGUGUGGAGUGAUGUAAUUUACAACGAUAAUGAAUACCGGGAAAAUUCGUCUGACAUCAGUCAUGGAUAUUUGAAAUACAAUAGUUCCCUCGGUUAUGUUUUACAGUUUUCCAAAGAUGUCACAAGCAAAUAUAUUCUCUGCAAUGAGAUGAAAACAACUAUACCGCACUCAACAAUGACAGUGCCAAAAACGACAAAAACACCUGUUACGGCGGCUGACGAAAAGAAAAAGUCUUCUAAUGAAUCAUCAUCCAAUGAGAUUAAAACAACUUUACCGCACUCAACAAUGACAGUGCCAAAAACGUCAAAAACACCUGUUACGGAAGCUGACGAAAAGAAAGAGUCUUCUAAUGAAUCAUCAUCCAUUGAUACAGAUGUAACUUUAAUCGUAGGUUCAUCAGUUUCUGCUACCCUGCUUGCUGUUGUCAUAGUGAUCCUUCUCUUUCUAGCCAAGCGGAAGGAACUCUUAGUUCGAUGCUGUAAGACACGGAGUCUUACCAACGAUCAUGGUGCUAAUGAGCAUGUUCAAACAGGAAGAAGGAAUUCAAACGAGCUCGCUUUGCCCGGCCAAAUUAGUGGUUCUUUAUACCAAAGUCUUGAAGCACCAUCUGGGAGAAACGAUGAUCCGCAUACAUACAGUGAUUUGCAAAUGUAUUGUGCACUUGAAAAUAUCAAAGUUGGAACAAAUAAUAUGGAAAGUGAAUACAGUCAACUCUCGUUGCCUCGAUAAUGCAUGGAUAGUAAAAAAAGAAGUCAUGGUAACGAAAUUGCGAAAUGUAUGAGGAUCUAUUAGAUAUCUGGAAAAAAUUGGAUCCCUAAAGAGCAAAUGCUUCCUGUCAGAAGCUCAAUGCACUUUUUUCUAUGUAAUUCCAAAUUGACCUAAUUGGUUCAAGAUCAAUAUGAUUGUAAAUAUAAUCUAUAUUUUUGAUGAUUUCUUGUCAAUAUUUGUCUGAAGUUCAGCCCAUCGUCAAUGACAUUCAUCUAAGGUAAUAGUUUUAUGAAAGUAUGGCAUGUUUAACGUUGCAAAAUUCAAUAAAUUUUAUUUUUUGGUCUAUAUCCAAUAUUUAUAUUGCAUAAUUCUAAUUUUAUUUUCUAUAUCAUUCCUACUGAAUAUUUGUUCAUCAUAAAAAAUGUGUGCGAUAAUUUUCUAUAUGUAUGUUCUAUAUUUGAAAAUAUAUUUUGUAUAAUUGAAAAUAUUAAUUGUAUACUGAACAAAUAUUUAUUCGAUAAUUCGAAUCAUUAGAUAGAACACUUGGCAUAUUAAGCCCCGUUUAUAAAUAAAGCACGCGUUUCCGAUAAAGCGCUAUCAUCCUGAUUAGACUAGACUAUAGUGUAGUGGAAAUGAUCAUUGUGAAUGUCACUUGUAAAUAGUGCAUAUGCUUAAUCCUCCUUAUAAAUAUAUAUGUUUGUCUAAAAAAUUGAAGUAGAUUUUAAAGUCUUCAAGACAUACAAUCAGUUAAUAAUGUUUUUUUUCUCACUCAUAUGCCUAAUCAUUUAAACAGCAUAUAAGCCUAUGUAAGAAUAUCACGUAAGAUGACUAAAGGAUCAUCUUAAUGUACACAUACUCUUGUUCAUAUAAAAUAUAUAUGAGUAAUCAUGUAACAAGGACUAAUAGAUCAUCUACAUGAACAUAUACUCUAGUUCUUUUAAAAUAUGUAUAAUGGGAUUAGGUAAGGUGACCAGGGGAUCAUUUAGAUGUAAAUAUGUUCUUUUAUAUUAUAAAAACAUUAUGAGGGGGUCACGUAACAUUAGCAGGGGAUCAUCUAGAUAAACAUUUACACGAUUUUAUUGAUGUACACAUACUAUAUUUAUUUGUAAAAUAUAUAAGGGGAUUACGUAAAAUGACCAGGAUUUUUUUAGAUGUAAAUAUACUCUAGUUACCUGAAACACAGACGAGGGGAUCACGUGAUGCCCAUAUGAUCUUAUGUAUGUAGAGAUUUUCUGGUUUUCAAAAGAACAUAUUUAAGAAGGUCACUUACAAUGACAAAAAAGAUCAUAACAACUUCCUUUGCUCUUGUUCUAAGGGGAUCAUGUAAGCUGACAAACGGAUCAUCUAUAUUAUCUAAAUGUAAAUGUACUGUAGUUCUUAUAGAGUAUAAUUAAUGUGUGAACACAAUUAAUUACCAAGGUUUUUUAAAUGUACUUAUUCUAGUUUUUGUGGAAUAUACAUGAGGGUAUCGCAUACGAGGGUUAUCCAAAAAUGUGUGGAUUUUCUUUGAUAUCUAAAAUAUAUUUGGGAUAUUUUUUAAAUUUUAACAUUGUUUAGAAGAAUUAUGCAUAGGUAAAUUAUAAAUGUAACAUAGUAUAUAUAUAAACAUGAAACUAUUUAAUGAUCAACAUUAGUUUUUAACCAAAAACAAGGCAUUUACCUUAACUGCAUGAACAUUGUCGCCGCUAGCCUCGCCAUUUCGCACAUGCACUUAUACUCUUCAAGAUGUCUACACCUAGUCAAGUUUCUCAGGGAAGAAAAAUAGUUCCCGAUUGGUCGAAGAUUUCUAAUAGUGUGUAGUUUUACAUUAAGCUCCAUGAUGAUUUACAUCAGUGUUGAACAACUAGUUUAAAGUGUACAAAAUAUCUCGAAAUUAAUAAGGAUAACGAACCCUAAUUUAGUAUAAUAUGGUGUGUUUAAGGCUGAUUCUUAUAAGACCCCGUGGUCCAGUGGCUACACGCUCGCUUAGGAAGCGAGAGGUCUGAGAUUCAAACCAGUUAAGGCAACUCAUUUGUUUAAAAUUGUUUAACUAAAAUAUACAUUGAAUUGAAUAUCAGUGUUGCAAUUAGCUGUAUAGCCAAUUUACUAGUUAUAACACUGCAAAACAGCAUUCAUAAUUUGCCGACACUAUACAAUAUAAUCUCAUAACCUUCACCUUUCUGACAUUCUAAGACAGAAACAAAUUCAGCGCAUUCUGUGCUUUGAUUUUUUACGUCGGCAUUGUUUUGAAGCCAAAGUGUUGAGUUGAAACUCCCCCGUUCCUACACAUUUUACAUUUCAGAGUGCAAACCACACCUCCAACUCCUCCAUGAUAUAAUACAUUAUUGAAAUUAGCUAGACUGGUUACAUGACUGAUUAAGUAAAUUUUAUUUAGUUAGUGCAAAUUGUCCAAAGUUAAAAAUUAAAAAAAUAUUGCAAUGUGAUUAAAAAUAAUCUUGAUCAUAAAUAACAAAUAAACGCAGAAAAAUUAAUUUUAGUAGCUUCUUAUUUUACAAAAAUAUUUGAUUUUACAUAAAAACAUACAAACACUGUUGGCGACAGCGGCACACUCCAAAAGGUUAUUGACGUCAACGUCAUAAUAACGUAGAACUUGUGCCUCAACGUUACACAGUCAAUGACCGUUACUUCAUCUCAAAGUAAUGUCCGUUUUCUCGUCCAUCACUACAUCUCUUAUACAACUUA